UGUUUUCAUCAAAUCAAUGCGCCGGGCGGUCGUAGGCAGAAAAAAGAAGCGGAAGCAUCACCUUCACCCACUGCUUCACCCAACCGCGCUCCGGCGAUCGUAUACAUAAUAGUACAUCAAAAUGGAGGGGGUCGGGGCCCGUCUGGGCCGGUCGUCAACCCGUUAUGGGCCAGCGACGGUCUUCAGCGGACCGGUGAGGAAGUGGAAGAAGAGAUGGAUCACCGUAGCCACCCCCAACAACUCCUCCGCGGCCAAAGCCAACGGCAACGCCGCCCGAUCCCGCCUUCUCCUCUAUAAGUGGGCUCCUGUCUCCUCCACGCCAGCCGACGGCGCUGCCCAACCGGAGGAACACCCGCCGAGGAACUUCCGAUACGUACCGGGGUGCAAACCUACACGAGUUGGCCGUGGUGAUUACCAUGGGCGUAAAUGACAUUUGAAGAGCAUUUGAAGGCAGGCCGUGUCCAAAAGGCACAUGCCAUUUUUGACGGAGUUUAUGAAGGCCCAAGACAUGGUCAGGCACGACCAUGCCAUUUUUGAAGGAGUUUAUGGAGGCCUAUGACAUGACCAUGUCUUUUUGGCAUGACCGUGCCAAUCUUUGCUGGUCACUGAAGAUUUCGGUUCUCGAAGAGCAAAAACAAGAGGAUGCUGAAAAGCUUCAUGAAACAUAUGAACCUAGUAAUGUUGACCUUUCAUCACAGAUAAACCGGAAUGUUUCUGCUGAUUUGAAACCUGACAUGAAUGAUAUUUUAAUGGGAGAAUCAAUGGCGGCUUCAGACAUGGACCAAAAUUCAGCAGAUGAUAACAACCUAGCUAAUUUGGACUUGAAUUUGGGUUUGAAAGGUAUUGACAAUGAGAGGGAAACAAAAUCCAGAAAUGAAGGUGAUGAUGUGGAGAAAUUAAGCAUAGGUGAGGACAUUAAAAUUAAUGGAACAAAUUCAGAAGCAGCAAACAAGAUGAAGAGAAAAGCUGUCACCCCCGACCUAGAAAUGUGAGCGUGAUCAGUUAUGUUGGUUUUUUGCAUUCAUCAUUUGUUUAGCAAAGCUGCAAACUUAUGCUCUGAUUCGCAGUUUGCUGCUUUGAAUUGUGAUCCAUUUGUUGGUUACUGACAGCCAAACCAUUUCCUUCUUUCUCACUUCUGAUUGAAUUUGUAUCUUGUUAAUGAAACGGCUACGCCAUCAUCAUGUACCGAUGGAACCAUUUAACCAUGAAAAAAAAACUAUAUAACAUUUUGUCUUUA